AGCCAGAGUAGUUUCGCCUGAGUGACCUGGGGCUCGGCACUGGAGCUAGGUGUGACAUCCCAAGCUGAUGGGACCACUAGUGGAUUCUAUACUGCAGUUGUAGGAGAUUUUAUGGAUGAAUUUUACAGUACUUACAAAGGAUAUUACAGUACAUCAUUAAUUGGUGAUACAUACCUCGCAGUAAAUGUUGGAAUGUAGGACAUUUUGUGGAAUUGGUAUCUUCAGUUUCUAUCGGAUAUUUAAUGGAUGGACAUUUUGAUGUGUUUGAGAAGCAUUAUUGACAGUCAGUAUGAUAUUACAGUGGUGAAUGUGUCAUAGUGGCAUUAGUAGUGUAAAAUCUGUGAAUAGUGGCCUUAUUCUGAUACAAGUGUGAUAUAAGAGGCAUAUUUUGUUUGGAUAGAAAAAUCCCAAAACAAAAUCAUUAAAUGCAGAAGAGAAAGAAAUAUUCUUGAGAGCUAGUUUUGUGAGUUCUGACGUGGAAUUUUAAUACCUGUCGCCAUGGGCACCAAGUUUUCACGCCUUGUUGAGGUUGUAAAUAAGGCACGAAACCAAAGGAACAAUUCAACAUCUAGAAUCCCUCCAUCGGAGAGCUCUGCCAGUACAGCAGAGACCGGCCAUGAUCCUGCUGUCCAUGGCGCUCGAAUGGAGGAUCGGUUCUACAAUAAUGACGCCUUCAGGUCGCCAGGUGUAGACAGUGGAGAUCCUCAACAACAAGAUGCUGCCCUCAAAAUCCAGACAGAAUACCGCAGACACUCUGCCAAAAAGGAAGUGGAUGGCAUGCGCGAGGAGGAUGCUGCCACGACCAUCCAAGCUGGGGUCAGAGGUCACCAGGACAGACAGAAAGUUGAUGAAAUGAAAGAAACUGAGGAGAGACUAAAGUCUCAGGAUGUCGACAUUAACCUGGAAGAUCCCGAGGUUGAGGCUGCCGCCGUCAAAAUACAGGCAGGGUUCAAAGGGUACAAGGCAAGGAAAGAGGUCAAGGAGACCAAGAGUAAGAGUGAAGUUCAAGAGUCCACAGAAGAUGCAGCUCAAGGGGAGACAACUGUGACAAAACAGGAAUCAGAAGAGGCUAAUGCUGAUCAAGCUGAUUUAGACCCAACUGCUAACGAAGCGGCCACUAAAAUACAGGCUGGAUUCAGAGGUCACAAGGUCAGAAAGGAGGUCAGGGCCAAAAAGGAAUCCCAAGAGACCAGCACUGAGGAGAAAAAAGAAGAAAUUGAUAUUAAUCUUGAUGAUCCUGAAGUAGAAAAAGCAGCGACCAAGAUUCAGGCAGGUUUCCGUGGCCACAGGACGAGAAAGGAAAUGAAGGGAACAACACAGACAUCUGGUGGAGAAGAGGCUGGAGUAUCUGAUACAGGGGAGGUAACUCAAGAGAAAUCAGAUGAAACUAAAGUAGAUGAGACUUCCCAAGAAAAUACUGAUGAAGUUAAAGAGGAAACAUCUGAUAAAAAAAUAGAUGAAACUGAAGUUUCAGAGCAAAAAUCUGACGAAGCUUCUGAACAAAAAACCGAUGAAGUUUCUGAACAAAAAACUGAUGAAGUUUCUGAACAAAAAACUGAUGAAGUUUCUGAACAAAAAACUGAUGAACAAUUAGAUGAGGUCAGAGAACAAAACUCUGAUGAAAAAGUUGAGGAAACUCAGAUUGAAGAAAAAUCUGAAGAGAAAGUUGAUGAAAACAAAUUAGAACAAACUUCUCAAGAAAUUGCGAAGGAAACCGUAGAUCAGGCUCAAUCAGAAGAAAAACUUGAUGAAAAUGUAUCAGAUACUCCAGCUGAAAAAACAACAGAUGAAAAAUCAGAGGAAAAAGUUGAGGAAAGUCCUUCCACACAGACUGAAGAGCAAAAUGAACAGUCUAGCCAAGAUGCUCCAAAGUCUGAUGAGACAGAGAAAAGCGAGCCUGAAAAGAUAGACAUUGAUUUAAAUGACCCUGAUGUCGUAAAUGCUGCCACAAAAAUUCAGGCUGGGUUUAAGGGUUAUAAGACUCGAAAAGACAUGAAAGGACAACAGUCGGCUUCUGAGACCGACAGAGGACAAACCAACAUCCCUGGUGGAGAUGAUAAACAUGUAGGGGAGGUCGACAGUGAAAUAGACAUUGAUUUGGCAGAUCCUGAGGUGGAAAGGGCUGCCAGUAAAAUUCAGGCCGGAUAUAAAGGUCUAAAAACUCGGAGGGAACUCAAAUCAAUCAAGGAGCCUAUAUCCGCCUCACCACCUACACAGAACUCGAUGGAGAGUGUUCCACGCGAAGAGGAAGUUAUUGAUAUUGACCUCAAUGACCCGGAAGUAGAAAAAGCAGCGGUAAAAAUCCAAUCAAGUUUCAAAGGACUAAAGGCACGGAAGUCAAAGACAAGAGUACCGGCUGGUGUGGAGUCACCACCUGUUAAUAAUCUAAAUAUCACAAAAACGGACACUCCACCUCUCGUCAAUAUUCCAGUCGAGGAAGAAAUUGACAUUGAUUUGAAUGACCCUGAAGUCGCGAAAGCAGCACUUAAGAUUCAGUCAACAUUCAAAGGCUUAAAGUCUCGGAAGUUUGGCUAUAAGACAUCAGAUUCUUCCCCUCCAAUCACUAAUGUCAAACCUACAUCCCCUUCACCGCCUGUAACAGCUCCCAUAGAGGACGAUAUCGAUAUUGAUCUAGAUGAUCCAGAAGUUGCGAAAGCAGCUGUCAAGAUUCAAUCAACAUUCAAAGGUCUCAAGUCUCGGAAAUUAAAGACUAAACAGUCAACCCAGCCACCUUCCUAUAACAUCCAACCUUCCCCUCCGCCUCCUGCCCCUGCGGCCCCUCCGCCUCAGGCUCCCAUGGAGGAUGAAGUUGACAUUGAUUUAAAUGAUCCUGAAGUUGAAAAGGCAGCCCUUAAAAUACAAUCUACGUUUAAAGGUUUAAAGUCGCGGAAGUUUGGAGCCAAGAAGCCAUCACCCAAUAGCAACGAAAUUGUAUCUCCACCCGUCCCUUCAUGUCCCGUAACUCCGCCCAAGCAGGAAGAAAUUGACAUCGAUCUGAAUGAUCCAGAAGUUGAAAAAGCUGCUGUGAAAAUUCAAGCUACCUUUAAAGGUUUAAAGUCGCGGAAAUUUGGAUCAAAAAAGUCUUCAGCGCCACUAACAAAUAAUAUUCCAACACCCCCUCCAUCGACUGUCAAUAUCCCAUCAGAAGAGGAAAUUGACAUCGAUUUAAAUGACCCAGAAGUAGAAAAGGCGGCUGUAAAGAUCCAAGCUACCUUUAAAGGGCUAAAGUCCCGGAAGUUUGGGAAAUCAAAGACAUCUGUAGAACAGCCACUGAAUCACAGGGACACUAAACCACCGGAAGUCGUAGAUAUUGACUUGACAGAUCCAGAAGUUGAGAAGGCAGCCGUUAAGAUUCAGGCUAGCUUUAAAGGCCUCCGGGCACGAAAAACAAAUGUUCAAAAGGAAUCGGCCCCUGCUCCAACAGAGGGAACAGAAGAAAAGAAAGAGGAGCCCGUAGGCGAUGUUGAUAUUGAUCUGAAUGAUCCAGAGACGGCACAAGCUGCCCUGAAAAUCCAGGCUGGAUUCCGGGGUUACAAAACUAGAAAAGAAGUAAAGGAAAGCCUUGAAACAGAGGAAGGUAAGACUUCAGAAGAGGCACCUCAGACAGAAGGAGAGAAGCCUUCAGAACAAACAGAGGAAGCUAAACAGGAGGAAACAAAACCAGAGGAAGUGAAACAAGAGGAAAGCACCACAGAGACACAACAGGAAACAGUGGACAUCGACCUUAAUGAUCCCGAGGUGGCCAAAGCAGCGACUAAAAUCCAAGCUGGGUUUAAAGGGUACAAGGUCAGAAAAGACAUGAAGAAGGAAGGAGAAGAAACAACGACGGAGGAGGCUCCACAAGAACAGGAAACAGCGCCCAAGGAAGACGCACCAACAGAACAAGCACCUGCGCCAACAGAAGAUGCGCCUGCACCUACAGAACAAGCACCAGCGCCUACAGAACAAGCACCAGCGCCUACAGAACAAACACCUGCGCCUACAGAAGAAGCACCUGCGCCUACAGAACAAGCACCAACAGAAGAGGCACCUAAAGAAGGAAAAGAGAAGAAGAUAGUUGACCUUCCUUUGGAGGACAGCCAGAGAAUCAUGGAAGCUCUCUCAGCCUUUAAAACGUUUAAGAAACCAGAGAAACUGCCAGACCGACUCAAGUUGUCACGUAACCAGGUUAAAAAGAUACUGAGAUGGUACAAGACGUCCAAGGAAAAGAUCGAUGAGGGAACUUUAACAGGAAUGCAACAGGCAGCUUUUGAAACUCAAAAAACAUUUUCCGGUUUUGGAAAGAAUAUUGGUUUCUUUGACACAGAUGAAGAGGGCGACUCCUCCGACGAAGAAGAUGAUUUCAAUGAUGUUGAUUUCCUUAAAGGUUUCCUUGGUGGUGAUGAUGGAGAAUCACUUAACGGUAUUGAAAAUGCGAUGGAGAACAUGUUUGCCGGUUUAUUUGGUGGACUAGGGAAUACCAUGGCAAACAAUAUGACCAGUGACGGGAACAUCAGCACAUCCGGGGUAUCAGAGUCGCUCGGAGGUCUGAUGACCGAUAUGACUCACCAGGCCUCAACCAUGGCACAACCAAUGAUGAAGCUAUUCGACAAGGCCACUUACUACAAACCAGUUGUUGCUGCCAUCGGGGCCCUUGAACCUUGGAUAGAGCAAAGUAGGAAUGUCUUGGACCAGGAGCAGGUAGAGAAGCUUCAGAAACAACUAGAUCUAUACAUUGAAAUCAAGGAGUUGCUUGACCAAGAGCAAGACGACGACGAGCCACAUGAAAGGGAGGCUCGGGGGGCAAGGGUUGUGGAGCUGUCGAAUGAAGUCGAGAAGAUUGGCCCUCUGCCAAAAGCUGUGCAGGAUGCCAUGAACCAGUCGUCGUCCCCCUCAGAGGUGAUGGAGAACUUGCCCAAUAUGAUGAAUAACAUGACUAGUGUACUGACCGAAGGGAUGUCGAAUAUGUUCACCGGAGGACCGAAGGCGACCGGCGAAGCAGAUGCAUGCACAAUUUUGUAAAACGUUCAGAGUUAUUACAAAUGUGCUAUUACCCUAACUAAGGGAAAUGAGACAUUCAUAGCUGUUCAAUAUUUUUGCGAAAAAAAAAAUCUAUAUAAAUAAAUAAAAAAAAAUAAUUUUAAAAAAAGGAGAGAGAGAAAAAAAUACAGACAAGUUAAAACCAACAACAGACCAGAAGUGUUUAUUAUAACAAUGAUGUUUUGUCACGUUUAUUAUAGAAUAAGUUUACUUUUAUACUAGAUAUUUAUAUAUUAAUACAUGUAGAAGAAAAUAUAAGUAUCUACACAAUGAUCGUGCCUUGGAAUAUUCUUAUAAAUUUUUAUACAUAUACAUUUUUCAUCCAAAUGUAUAUUUUUAAUAAUAUUUAAUAACCUUUACUUAAAGCAAUGCAGUAAAUUGAAGCUUAUUGUUUAUUAGACUAAUUAGCAAUUCAUGAAAUGUGAACGGAAUCCAAAUGUUCUAUGUAUUGAUUGACUUCAGCUUGAAUGACUAAAGGGAAGAAACUCGUGUGUUUGGAAGAUCGGGAAAUAAAUCGGAAAUGCCUUUUUAUUACGAAAACGUUUUAUAUCUUUUAAAACUAAAACAAAAUGCUCACAUUUGAAAGAUAUAUAAUAGUUUAUAAUAUAAUAUAUUUAUAACAUUAAAGAUUUAUUUUAAACAAUCAGGACGUUCAUCUACUGCAUUUAUUAUAUUUUUAUAUCCAUAAGUUUCUAGCUAAAUGUUAAUGUGUUGUCCUAAUUUUGAGCAUGUGGCACUAGUCGCCUGUAUUUAUGUAAAUACUUAUAUAAAACAUAAAUAAGAAACUUAUCAUUUAAUCUAUUUCUUAAUUUUCAUGUUGUGAUAUUUUUCAGAUUUUUAUAGAUAUCCUCUUAUGUUUUUGAAAAAGCAGCACGUCCAUUUUGUGACAUUUCAUAUCAAAUUUGGAGGAAACUCGUUUCAUUGUUUAUCAUUUAUCAAUUUGCCGACGUUUUGUGCUAAAAGGAUCGAAGGUAAUUUGCUCGAUUUAUUAUAUCACAUAUUUUGUACACAUUUUAAGAUGAUGUCAUUAUUCACCCAGCUAAAUUUUUAAGUUUGUUCAUUAAAGGUCUGAAACAAAAUACACUUUAAUGCAAUAUUGUGAUACAAGGACAUGCAAUAGUCUCGCUGUCUGUUGUUAAACAGGACAAUCAAUACCGAUACACAUUGGACUAAAUGGUUCAUUAAAGCUGCUGAGGAUUUGAAUACUGGAAAAAAAAUUUAGAAAGAGGAAAAAUAAAAAUGUGAUUAUAGAGAUCAAAUACCGUCCGCUGGUAGCUUUAUCAACAUCAGAUAAAACGACAUCAUUGAUUAACUCUCGACAAGGGAAGUAACUCUCGAUAAUGGAAUUAACUCGACAAGGGAAGUAACUCUCCGCAAUGGAAUUAACUCUUGACAAGGGAAGUGAUUUUCGACUAAUAAGAUUUUUUCGCUGUUCCUUUCGCCUGACUUGUUGGGGAAAAUAACAAAAAAACAAAACAAAACAAAAUCUUCCCUAACCUUCCAUUUUUCCUUUUUUUAUAUCCUUAAACAAAGACGAUGCUGUACCAUAAGAAAUGUUAAUUGUAUUAUAAUCGGACAUAUUUAUAACAGAACAGAUGUAGAAACACACAACCACCAUAUAUAUAUAUAUAUAUAUAUAUAUAUAUACUUGGUAUGUUAUUUUACCAAAUUUUAAAUGUUAAGAGUGAUAUAUACUGUUUACAGGAUCAACAAUGAGCAUGACUUUUGAUAUUUUUUAUUUAAAUAUAUUUUAUGUUGUUAAUCUGUUGUUGUAAUUUUAUAUGUAGAUAAUAUCAUACACCGGUUAUAUAUAUAUGUGUGUGUGUAUGUUAAUUUCCUUACCAGUCUGACAGGGAAUACAUUAAACAUAUAUAUCAAUGUAAAUUUGUUUAUGACUACAAUGGAUUUAAAAUGGUGUUUGAAAUAAACUCAAAUCAACCAAAAUA